UAUAAAACCGAGUAUAACCGAUGUCAAUGUGGUUGAUGAAAUUGAUGAUGAUCAGUCAUUCCUCGAUUGUUGUCAAUUGUGGAAGUGUGUGGUGUUUAAAAAAUUAACAAUAAGCAAUGUUUGCUUGACCAUUUACUACCCCAGGGUAAAACCACACAUUUACCCUUUAAUUCCUUUUCCCUCUUUUUUUUUCUUUUUAAAAAAAAUCAUCCAAAUUGUUAAUUAAUAAUAUAAUAUUUAAUCGGGGACUUGAAAAAAAUAAUAAAUUGGUGAAAUGUGCGUCCUCGAGAUGUGGGAAGUGAGUGAAAAGUGGCGUAAACACAAGUGAGACAAAAAAUAUAAAAGUUUCUGCUCCAAUUUUUAUUUGAUUUUUUUUUUUUUUUUGUUUUAUUCUUUUUUUUUUUUUUUUUGUUUUAUUUAUUUAUGUAAAAAAUAAUUAUCAGUAUGUAUUGUGAAUAAUUAAAUUGAAAAACGUCAUUGGUAAAUAAUUGUCGUUGUCAUUGUCACAAGUGUCAUGAAAAAGUCCAAAAGUAAAUAAUAAUUUUUUUUUUUUUUCUUUUGUGUUUAAAGUGUUGAGUGUUGAUAAUAUUAUUAAUAUUAUUAUUAUAUUAAUAAUUAAAUAUUAAUAAAUAUUUUAUGACGUAGACUGUCUCACUCACUGGUGGUCAGAGAGGAGAGACAGUCAAAGAGAGUUUGAGAGGCGCAAGAUGGCUGGGAAUUGUUGAAGAAAAAAAAAUAAGAGAGAGAAAAGCAUCAUCAUCAUCAUCAUCAAAUGGAUAAAUUACACCCGGACAUUGUGAAUGAAUUAAAUAAAUAAUAAAUAAACAACACAAUCAACAUUUAUCAUGAUUAAAAUUAAAAUUAUUAACAAAAUAAUUAAACGCGUUAUGAUGAAUUUUUGAAUUACAUAUUUUAUACAUCAUUCAUGUAUGUGGGAGUGAGCAUUUAAAUGCUCAACACAGACAUAAAAUAAUAAUAAUAAAUAAAAAAACAAUUACAAGAAAACAUUUUUUAUAUAAUUAAAUAUGAAGAAUAUUUAUCGUGACUGUCUGAUGGAAUUAAUGUUUAACUGAAUUUGAAAUUUAAAAAAAAAAAAGAGUAUUAAGGAAAAUUAUAAAAAAAAAAAAGGAAAAAAAAAACAACAGACACUGGACAAGAGUGAAAGGGAAUGUGUGACAUGUUUAUCCAAAAUCAACAGACGAGCAGCGUCAACAGCAGCAGCAGUAAUAAUAACAGCAAUAAUAAUAAUAAUAUUACCGCUCACCAUCAUAGUAAAAAAAGAAAAUUAGAUUAUAAUACAAAUCAACCAGUAAUACAACAUUCAUUAGUUCAAUCAAGUGUUGAUUAUCAAUUGGACAAUACUGGAUUACAACGUUAUUCGGUGAGCGGUAACAACGCAACAUUUAAUAAUACGUUGUCAAAUAAUAAUGCGCUGCAAAAAAGUCCAAAUUCAUCAAAUACUUUGAUGCGAGCAUCAACAAUUAAAUUAUUAGAUACUUAUCAUCGUUGUGGACAAAAGAGAAAAACUUGGUCAAGAGAAGGGAAUGAAGCCUUAGCAGUACAAUCUGGUAAUUCAACAAACGUAGUGGGAAAUACUGGAGUUACUCAAAUACAUUCACAACAUCAACAACCUCAAUUACAACAACAACAACAACAUCAACAAUUAAACCAACCACAACAACAGCAACAGCAUCAUCAAACACAUCAAAAUCAACAACAGACACAAUCAUCAUCAUCACAACAGCCUUCAUCAUCAUCACAACAUAAUCAACAAUCACAUCAAUCAAAUAAACAAUCCAAUAUGACGUCACAUAGUAAACAAGUUGCUAAUAAUGGUGGUGGUAGUAAUCCACAAGGUGAUGGUGACUAUCAAUUGGUCCAGCAUGAAGUUUUAUAUUCAAUGACAAAUCAAUAUGAAGUCCUUGAAUUUCUUGGUAGAGGUACAUUUGGACAAGUUGUUAAAUGCUGGAAAAAAGGAACAAAUGAAAUUGUUGCUAUUAAAAUUCUUAAAAAUCAUCCAUCAUAUGCACGUCAAGGACAAAUUGAGGUCUCCAUCCUGUCGCGACUUAGCCAGGAAAAUGCGGAUGAGUUCAAUUUUGUACGUGCCUAUGAGUGCUUUCAGCAUAAAUCUCAUACAUGUUUGGUUUUUGAAAUGCUGGAACAAAAUUUAUAUGACUUUCUUAAGCAAAAUAAAUUUUCACCUCUUCCAUUAAAAUAUAUUAGACCAAUUCUUCAACAAGUACUUACAGCUUUGCUAAAACUCAAGCAAUUAGGUUUGAUUCAUGCUGAUUUAAAACCAGAAAAUAUAAUGUUAGUUGAUCCAGUACGUCAGCCUUAUCGUGUUAAAGUUAUUGAUUUUGGUUCAGCAUCACAUGUAUCAAAAGCUGUAUGUAAUACAUAUUUACAAUCACGAUAUUAUCGUGCACCAGAAAUAAUAUUAGGUUUGCCAUUUUGUGAAGCAAUUGAUAUGUGGUCACUUGGUUGUGUUGUUGCUGAAUUAUUUCUUGGUUGGCCAUUGUAUCCUGGAAGUUCUGAGUAUGAUCAAAUUCGUUAUAUAAGCCAAACACAAGGUUUACCAACAGAACACAUGUUAAAUCAUGCUAGUAAAACAACUAAAUUUUUUUAUCGUGAUAUGGAUAGUACAUAUCCAUUUUGGCGUUUAAAAACACCUGAAGAACAUGAAGCCGAGACUGGUAUUAAAUCAAAAGAAGCAAGAAAAUAUAUAUUUAAUUGUUUGGAUGAUAUUGGUCAGGUUAAUGUACCAACUGAUCUUGAAGGUGGUCAAUUACUUGCUGAAAAAGCUGAUAGACGAGAAUUUAUUGAUUUAUUAAAGAGAAUGCUUACUAUGGAUCAGGUAGAACGUCGUAUAACACCUGGUGAAGCAUUAAAUCAUGCAUUUGUUAAUUUAGCACAUUUACUUGAUUAUGCACAUUGUAAUAAUGUCAAAGCAUCAGUACAAAUGAUGGAAGUUACAAGACGUGCUGGUGAUUUUACAUCAAGUCCAUCACAUCAUCAACCACCACCAGCACCACAACCACCACCACCAGCAUCACUUGUUGCUAAUUUUGUACCAACAACAAAUGGUAGUGCUGUUACAUUGACAUUUAAUAAUCAAUUAACAAAUCAAGUACAACGUCUUGUACGUGAACAUCGUACAGCACAAAAUGGUUAUGAUAAUUUAUAUCAAAUAUAUAGUAAUAGUAGUAGAAGAGCAACACAAUAUAGUAGUUCAUCAAGUGGCUCAAAUAGUGGAAGAAAUGGUGUACAUGAUUUUUCACAUCAACUUGGUAUACCUGGUAUAUUAUGUCCACCACCUGGUUAUCAAACAAUGCCAAGUCCAGCAAAACAUGUUGUUGUUGCACAAUCAUCACAAUCACAACAAGCACCAUUACAAAUACAAUCAUCAAUAUUAUCACAACAAGCUGUUGCAGCUGCAGCAGCAGCAGCAGCAGCACAACAACAAUAUGCAACUGUACCAGUAUCAAUGGUUGAAAGUGGAAGACAAAUGUUACUAACAAAUGCUGUACAAACAUCUUGGCCAGGUGGUAGUCGACAAAUGGCAACAAUUGUACCAUCAUGGCAACAAUUACCACCACAACAUGCAUCAAUACAACAACCAUUAUUAAGUGAUGCUGGUGAUUGGGGUAGACCAUUAAUUGUUGAUAGUUCAACAAUAAUACAACGUCCUGUAUUUCCAGUAACUGAAGUUUAUAAUACAAGUGCAUUGGUUGAACAUCCAUCACAAAAUUGGGGUAAACGUAGUGUUACAAAACAUCAUCAACAUCAUUUAACUGUACCACAACAAACACAACACAGACAUGAACAUAAAAAAGAAAAUCAACAAUUAAGUCCAGUUAAAAAACGAGUUAAAGAAAGUACACCACCAAGUAGUAUGAGACGUCAUUCACCUGCAAAUGGACAUUGGCAACAACAACAACAAACCCAACAACCCCAACAACAACAGCAACAGCAUCAACAACAUCAACAACAACAUCAACAACAGCAACAACAGCAGCAGCAACAAUCAAAUCAUCACAGUGGUGGUAAACAUGCUAAUAAUCAUAAUGCUGAACAUCAACAAAUAUCAAAUGUUAGACAACAAACAAUAACAAUUCAUGAUACACCAUCACCAGCUGUAUCUGUUAUUACAAUAAGUGAUAGUGAAGAUGAAACACCUGGUAAAGGCGCACAAUCAACUUCACGAACUGUACAAAAUUCUCAACCAGUACAUUCAACAACGCAUCAAUCGCACAAUAAUCAUAGCUCAUCAAGAGCACAACGUAAAAAUGUCAUAAGUUGUGUUACAGUUAAUGAUAGUGAUGGUGAAUCAAGUCCAGCUCGAGCACAUGCUCAUUUGUAUCAACAAAAUCAUCAAUCAUCAUCAUCAUCAUCAAGUCAACAACAAUCACAUGCUACACAACAAAUUAAACAUGAACCACAGCCGCAGCACCAUAUCAGUUCUGGCUAUUCUUCACAAUCACAAAAAAAACGAUUGCUUGCCAAAGUACAGUCCGAGUGUAACAUGAUUAAUGUAGCAACAAAACCAGAGCCUGGAGUUGAAUAUCUUGCUCCACAUCCUUGUCAUGCACCAGCAUGUAAAGAGCCACCAACUUAUCAGGAUGAUGGCUAUGACAUGCAUGACUACUUAUUGCAGUAUGUAACAACAAGUAAUGCUCAUCCUCAUCUACAAGAACAACAUAUUGUCUAUACAACUGGAGCUGAUAAACGAGUAUCAUGGCCAAGUAAACGUGCUGAAUACAAACAUGAAUAUAUACAACCACCUGCAGCUCAUUCGCGAGAUCACCAAAAGUGGACUGUUACAAAUCCAGUACAUCAAUACAGGCAAAGCCAGGUGGUGGGUUCAUCAGCACAUCCAGCUCAUAGCCAUGGUCAUCAUGGUCAUCCAGCCCAUUUGAGUCCGGUUAGUAGUGGUGGAGGUAGAAGUCCCGCAGGUGCUCCUGUUGUAGGUAGUGCACAGCAUCUUGGUCAACCACUUUAUCAAGAAUAUGCUCAUGUACGUUCACGAGCUCAUCAAGUACCACCGCCUGUUUAUGUUACAACAGCACCAUCACAAGCUCCUUCUGGUAUUCAACAACAACAAGGUCCCACCUAUCAGGGAUUUACACCCGGGUGGGUACCAAGACAACUAGUUGAUGCAUGCACCUCGUCACCAUUAACGUUGUAUGAUUCUAGUCGAGCACUACCACCACCAGCUCAUCACAGUUCAGCUAGACCAUUAUUAGCAAGCCAUGCAGCUCAUCCACUUCCUGCUCACAUGCAAUCAGCUGUCUAUGGUCUGGCUCCUUUAUCACCUCAAAAACAUCAAUAUCAACCACCUGGUUUGUGGUUUACUGAGUAAUUAAAAAAACCAAACAAUUAUUUAAAAUAAUAUUAUUAAAUAUUAUUAACAAACAAUUAAUCGAUUAUAAACGAAAUAAAUAAUGCGUUAAAUGACCAAUCAGUAGCUCCAAUAACGCAAUGGCACUGAUAUAUCGUCAUUAAUCGUCAACAAAAAAUCAUAAAAAUAUCUAUAUCGACAAAACAAUUAUUGUAACAAAAAUUGUUACAUAAAUUUAUCAGGACAUUUAGUUGUAUUUUUUUUUUUCUUUUUUUUUUUAAAUUAAAAAUCUUGGUAGUUUGUAAUAUUAGAUGCAUUUUUUACGUGUCUUUUUUGGUCUAAAGUGUUUAUUCUAAUUAUAUUCACUUUUUGUCUUUUUAAAAAAAAAAAGUUUUUUGUUUUUAUAAAUCCGUCCUAGACUUGAAUAUCCGACUUUUAAUUUAAAUAAUAAUAAACAAAUAUUCUUGACAACAAAACAAGAUGUUUAAAAAAUAUUAAAAAAUAAUUAUUCGGGUAAUAUUAUUUUGCCAAAAUAAUAAUAAAUGUUUAUUGUCCAUUAAAUUUUAACAUGACAAUUUUAUCAUUAAAAAAAAAUUUCGAUGAUGAAGCUUGCCGAAUCGAGCUGUAAUGCUCACAUUUAAUUUAGAUUUUUUUUUUUAUAUAUUAUAUAAUCAAAAAAGGCCUUUUUGAAAAAUAAUAAUUACAAUAAUUAUAAUAAUCAUGAUAGUGUGUGUCUAAAUGUCACAAAAAAAUAUUAAUUAUUUUUUUUCUUUUUUCGAAUUAGGGAUGGGUAGAUUUAUUAUAAUAUUAUCAACAAAAAAAAUUCGAUAUUAGGCAUAAAGUCGUGUUGUGUUUAAGGUGAACUAAGUGGUAUUUUGAUAAUAACUAAAAAAAAAAAUGUAAAAUUUACAAACUAUGAUUAAUUAUCAACAAUUAUUCACAUUAAACGUAAAAAAAGAAAUAAUAAUAAUAAUAUAAAAUUAAAUAAUCAUGAUUUAAAUGCGAUUUUUUAUCGUAUUGUUAUAUUAUUUAAAUUUGUGUCAUGUAAAAGUUGAAAAAUAGUUAUAAAUAUUUAAAAAAAUGUGGUGGGAAAAAUUUUUAAAAGUAAUUCUUCGAUGAAAUUAGUUUUUUUUUCUUUUUUUUUUUCGGUACUUAUUGUGUUUGACGUGAAAGUAAAAGUAAAAUUGAAUUAUUGUCUUUCAUUGACGUUUAUAAUUAGUCGACAAUAUUAUAAAAAUUUGUAAAUAAAAUAUAUUAUUUAUAUUAUAUCAAUUAAUUAGAAAGAUGAUUUUUUUUUUUUCAAUUUUAAUCAAUUUAUUUGAAUGUCUUUUUGUGAAAUUUAAAUAAUUUCGUGUCUAUACGUGUUUGAAUGUUGUUAACUCGUGACAUUAUGUUGUUUCUUAAUUUAUUAAUAAAUAUUAUUAAUAAACAAAUAAUAAUUUAAAGAGAAAUUCAAAUUGCUUUAAGUAAAUAGUCGACUGUCUUUAUAUUAUACUUUUCAUUUAGUUUUCGUAAGAAUAUUUAACUUUUCUUCAAAAAAAAAAAUUAUCUCGGCUUAUUAUUACUAUUAUUUUAAACAAAUAAUAAAAAUUAUUGUAUUUAAUUGUAUUAUAUAACAUGCAUAUGGAUAAUCACACUUAAAAAAAAAAAAUGUAUACAAGAAUUUAUGAAAAUUCUUAUAAUUUUAAUCAUGUUCUUCCCCACAUCCGUAAAGUAUUUCUAGAAGAAAAAAAAAAAAAUAAAUAUAUAACAAAAGAACAAAAAAAGAAAAAUAUAAAAAUAACGCGAAAAAUAUUAUAUGACUAUUCAUUUAUUUGUAAAUAUUAUAAUAGUUCAUAAAAACUAAUAAUGUUUUUUUUUUAAUCAUUUUUUUUUUUUUAUAUUAUCAAACUUUGCAAUUAAAAAAAAAAAAAAAUAACUAAAUUUAAAAUAAUAUUCCAGAAUUAUAUAAUUUAAUUAUUCUUUUCUGGUUAAUAUAUAUUGUACAUACUGUAUUUAUAUUAUUAUUAUUAUUUCAAUAAUUAUAAAAAAAUUUUUAAAAAAAUUGGGUUUAUCAUAGUAUAGAAUUUGAUACAAGUUUUGCACUGAAUUUUGAGCUUUCAAAUUUAAUGAUAAACCUUGAUGAUACAAAAAAUAAAUAAUGAGAAAAUCCUUUUGAAUAAUUUAAUAUUAUUUAACAAUAUAUUAUUUUUGUUUAGUCUAAAAUGAUAUAGUUCAAUUGUAUUAAUUGUAAAUCAGUGUUGUCAAUAAUAUUAUAUAAUAACACUAGUUUUUUCUCUCGAAAAUUAUUUAAAAUAUCAACUGUUAUUAACAGUUUUUUAGACAAAUAGAAAAUAAAUAAAUUACAAUUUUAUUUUUCAUUUAAACAAGUCAAUUUGUAAAAUUAUUGUUUUUACUACUAAUGCUGUCAUUGAAAAUUAUUGACUUAAAUUUUCACAAUAUGCUGUAAAUAAAAAUAAAUAUAUAUGAAAAUAUUCAUAUAUAUCUAACCAAGUCGAUGUGCCUGUUUAAGAAAUUUAGAUUAAAAUAUUUUAAAUGAAUUUAUAAUCACAGUAACAAAAAAAAAAAAAAAAAAAAAACUUUAAAGAAAAUCAUAUA